AUGUACCCUUUUAUAUGGGCCCUCUUAGCCUUCUGCGCCACAAUUGCUCAGGCCAAUGUGGAAAAAACCAUCUUCCUAGCACCGGCAGGAACCACCGUGCCAUCUGGCGAACCAGCCAUCGACGACCUAGGCCUGGAACGGCUCUCCCCAGAAAGUCCCGUCGUGCGCACGCGGCUCAACGCGACCUUCCCAUCAAAUGACGCUCCAGAAGGAACUGACUCGUGGUUCUUCCUCGAGAACCUCAUCCCAGGCCAGCGCUACGAAGUACGAGUCUGCUGGCUAGCCACUCAACCGACGGCCUUUACUCUUACAACACACGCGCUGGCCAACACAAUCGAGGAUCCAUCCCUCCUCUCCAGUCUAAGCAUAUUCUCCACCGCGCGUCUGGCAUUGCUGAGUGCACGUAUGGAAGUCAAUACUAUCUUACGGCGCGCAACGGGGAACAGCAAAAAGAGCGUACUUGACCUGGAGCCGACGACCGACUCGGUCCUGUUUCUGCGCGUGCGGGCCGUAGCGGACUACUUCAGCGCGGACGAGGCGCUGAUGCGGGACGUGCCGCCUGUGGCGGUAGACCUGAUUCUGGAUCCGUUCCUAUGGAAUGUUUUCCCGCGGUCGCUCGUUCCAACUGCCGCGUGGAUUGCUGUUGUUGCGGUGGUCGCGUUGGUGGUCGCAAGGUGGGUGGCGAGGGAGCUUGGGAGGGUUGUCGAUGAUGCGAAAAAGGAGCGGGACUUGCAGGAAGGAAAGAAGGCGAGGUAA